AACAUUAAUUAGCUGGAGCAGGGUGGACACUCAUUAGCUCUUGUUCUGUUGUGAAAGUCCAGGCUGCUGAAAUUAAACUCUGAUGCCAUUCAUGCCAGCAUCCAAUCACCAGAGAGAACAGAAGUUCAGAGAUGACUCCAAGUUGCCAACAAGUGUGGCCACUAUACGACAAGGACUCUAAAGCCGUGGUAGAGGGGGAAGAACAACUUUAGAGAGGAUGCCCAGCUGAGAGUUGAAGGAAAUGAAUUUUGAAACUUCACGGUGUGCCACCCUACAGUACUGUCCCGACCCUUACAUCCAGCGGACUUUGAGGCCAGAAAAGAGGGGACCAUGGAAUCAACAAGAUAGACUCCUCCUAUCUUCUGCCUGUGAGCCCUCAGCUUCUGUGACAUCCAGCCAUACACCUGAUGCUGAUAUACUUCUCAUCCAUCCAACACCUAUAAAUCAGAUCCAGGAUUACCUAGACCCUACAUAUCAGCCAGGUGAAAGGUUCGUAGAAACCCCAGCCCAUUUCUCUUGGAAAGAAAGUUAUUACAGAUCCACUAUGUCCCAGAGCACACAGACAAACGAAUUCCUCAGUCCAGAGGUUUUCCAGCACAUCUGGGAUUUUCUGGAACAGCCCAUCUGUUCAGUUCAGCCCAUUGACUUGAACUUUGUGGAUGAACCAUCAGAAAAUGGUGCAACAAACAAGAUCGAGAUUAGCAUGGACUGUAUUCGCAUGCAGGACUCAGACCUCAGUGACCCCAUGUGGCCACAGUACACGAACCUGGGGCUCCUGAACAGCAUGGACCAGCAGAUCCAGAACGGCUCCUCGUCCACCAGUCCCUACAACACAGACCACGCGCAGAACAGCGUCACGGCGCCCUCGCCCUACGCACAGCCCAGCUCCACCUUCGACGCCCUCUCGCCUUCGCCCGCCAUCCCCUCCAACACCGACUACCCGGGCCCACACAGCUUUGACGUGUCCUUCCAGCAGUCCAGCACCGCCAAGUCUGCCACCUGGACGUAUUCCACUGAACUGAAGAAACUGUACUGCCAGAUUGCAAAGACAUGCCCCAUCCAGAUCAAGGUGAUGACCCCACCUCCUCAGGGUGCUGUCAUCCGUGCCAUGCCUGUCUACAAGAAGGCCGAGCAUGUCACUGAAGUGGUGAAAAGGUGUCCCAACCAUGAGCUGAGCCGUGAAUUCAACGAGGGACAGAUCGCCCCUCCUAGUCAUUUGAUUCGAGUAGAAGGGAACAGCCAUGCCCAGUACGUAGAAGACCCCAUCACAGGAAGACAGAGUGUGCUCGUACCUUACGAGCCACCUCAGGCCACUUCUCCAUCCCCCUUCAAAACUCCUAAAUUUGUGCUAAAUUUGUACUUGGUUGGCACUGAAUUCACGACAGUCUUGUACAAUUUCAUGUGUAACAGCAGUUGUGUUGGAGGGAUGAACCGCCGUCCAAUUUUAAUCAUCGUUACUCUGGAAACCAGAGAUGGGCAAGUCCUGGGCCGCCGCUGUUUUGAGGCCCGGAUCUGUGCUUGCCCAGGGAGAGAUAGGAAGGCAGAUGAAGACAGCAUCAGAAAGCAGCAAGUCUCGGACAGCACAAAGAACGGUGAUGGUACGAAGCGCCCUUUUCGUCAAAAUACACAUGGCAUCCAGAUGACAUCCAUCAAGAAACGAAGAUCCCCAGAUGAUGAACUGCUAUACUUACCAGUGAGGGGCCGUGAGACUUACGAAAUGCUGCUGAAGAUCAAAGAAUCCCUGGAACUCAUGCAGUACCUUCCUCAGCACACGAUUGAAACAUACAGGCAGCAGCAGCAACAGCAACACCAGCAUUUACUUCAGAAACAGACCUCGAUGCAGUCUCAGUCUUCCUACGGUAACAGCUCCCCACCUCUGAACAAAAUGAACAGCAUGAACAAGCUGCCUUCAGUGAGCCAGCUUAUCAACCCUCAGCAGCGCAACACCCUCACUCCCACCACCAUUCCCGAUGGCAUGGGAGCCAACAUUCCUAUGAUGGGCACCCACAUGCCAAUGGCUGGAGACAUGAAUGGACUCAGCCCCACCCAGGCCCUCCCUCCCCCUCUCUCCAUGCCAUCCACCUCACACUGCACCCCCCCACCUCCGUACCCCACAGAUUGCAGCCUUGUCAGUUUCUUAGCGAGGUUGGGCUGUUCAUCAUGUCUGGACUAUUUCACGACCCAGGGGCUGACCACCAUCUAUCAGAUUGAGCAUUACUCCAUGGAUGAUUUGGCAAGUCUAAAAAUCCCUGAGCAAUUCCGACAUGCCAUCUGGAAAGGCAUCCUGGACCACCGGCAGCUCCACGACUUCUCGUCCCCUCCCCAUCUCCUGCGGACCCCAAGUGGUGCCUCCACAGUCAGUGUGGGCUCCAGUGAGACCCGGGGCGAGCGUGUAAUUGACGCUGUGCGCUUCACCCUUCGCCAGACCAUCUCCUUCCCACCCCGCGAUGAGUGGAAUGACUUCAACUUUGACAUGGAUGCUCGUCGCAACAAGCAACAGCGCAUCAAAGAGGAAGGGGAGUGAGAUGAACGUUGCGGUUCAAGCUCUUUCCGUCUUCCCACCCGCUAACCCCACUACAAGGCACCACUGUUUGACCAGCCAAGCAUUCUUCCUAGCUCCUCUCCUUCCUCUUUUCAGUCAGGUUUCUUAAGGGAAGGAGAAGGAAGAGGCUACUUUUUACCUAAUGUGCAACCUGGCAUCUGAUUCUGAUUCUGGCUUUAAGCCUUCAGAUCUCUUGCUUGCAGGACUGAAAUUGUCAUGGCUAGGUAGAAGGGAGCAAAACAGCAGUGGGUGUGUCCUUAAGCUGCAGAGGUCUCUCCUUGACUUUUAUAAAGCAUUUUCACCCUUAUAGUCUAAGACUAUAUAUAUAAAUAUAUAAAUAUACAGUAUAUAUUUUUGGGUGGGGGGCAUUGAGUAUUGUUUAAAAUGUAAUUUAAAGGAAAAAAAUUGAGUUGCACUUAUUGCCUUUUUUUUUUUUUUACUUUUUGGAUGGCUUAUCUGUACCCUGUCUCUCAAGGCCAGCCAUGUAUGGAUGUAUGGUAAUAGGUAUCUAGAUCUUGAUAGGACAUGUGAGUGACAGUGACAUGUAGGUGCCUUCAGUUCUUUUGAUGCUAAACACAUGCCACAGCAAACCUUUGGUUAGAUCUGCUUGUUAUUAUGUGGGUGAGACUGUAUACAUAUGUACACGAUUCUCUAUGUUGGUAUAUUUUAUGUUACUGAUAUCCCUACUACUAAUAGUGGUUGCCUUUGGGGUGAUUUAGUUCAAGUACAAGAAAAAGUUCAUAUUCACACUAUCACUCACCAUAGGAAAGGAAAUAUUCUCUCUUGCUUUUGGUUGGGAUUGGGGAAUGUGAGUCAUGGCUAAAAUUCUUAAAAAGUCACGGAAGCCAGUUAAAUAACACCUGGUAUCACGUGUCUGGGUAUUUCAGCAAUCUCCUCAAAUUUAAUGCCAGACACCUUAACUCUCAGUAUUUAUUGGCAAAGCAUUAGCUGCCAGUACAAACGCCUGUAAACCAAAUUUCACUACUAGAUUGAUUAACUCAAUUACACAUUUGCUACCCUUGUUAGAAUUCAGGUUGAUUUGAUUGGGAUGAAUGCCAUCUGUCUAGUUCUUGAUAUAAAGCUUUAAUGUCUAUUAAGAAUAUCCAGGAAAAACAGGAAUCAUACAGAGUUAUUGAAUAUACACUAAACAGUAAGAGAUAUCAGUGAGCCAUGAAUUGAAAUACUUGGAGGACUUUUUGAAACAUAAAUAGUAUUAUUUGGUAAGUGUUUCUUCUAAUGACCCUCACGUUCUAUAAAAUUCUGCAUAUAGAGGCUUGUUGUUCUUUCUCUCUUCAAGGUUUAAAAUAGGAGCAGUGAUUUGGAAAAUAUAAAAUUAUGAGAUCAGUUUUCCUAAAGCAUCAGUUGUAUCACCAUAUCACUUUUCUUUUUGAACAAUAAUAGUUUCACUUUGUUGGAAAGUAACUGUGAGAACCCAGUUUCCCGUCCAUCUGUCUUCUGGACUGUGCAUACACAUAAAAAUGUCCUGACAGAUCAGAGGAUAAGCCUUCCAUUGGAGAUGUUGCCUGAACCACAUCAGCAAAGAGUUGUCUUCAGACUCUGAAAAAACGUGUAAAUGGAGAUAUUGCUGUACAUCUUUUAGAAACAUACUUUGUAGCAAAUACUUUUUUCCAAACUAUAAAACAAGUAUUUUGUAUAUAUGCUAAUGAGCUCUAAAAGCCUGCCAUGCCUUCUGGUAAAGGGCUAUCAUUGCACAUAAGCUUCCAUUUUUAUUUUAAAGUGCGAAAGGACUAAUGUGGCUUAAAAAUAUAUAUGAGUUUCAUCUGAAAAGUGUAUAUAUGUUUUGCGUGUGAACGUGCAUACUUUGUGUUUCACUAUCUUUUUCUUCUUGGGAUACCGGGUUUUCCAGAACCACAGUUGAAACUUUUUUUGUUAUUACUAUUGUUUUUAUAUUUUCCUGGAAACACCAUUUAGUAAGACUACAAUGUCAAAUUUUAAAAUGCCAUUACUGUAAGAUGGGGGGAAGGGAAAAAUUGUUUUUUAUUUUUUUUUUUAGUUUUAUAUGUUAAAGAGAGUGAGUCCUUGAUUUCAAAGUUUUAUUUUGCAUAAAUGGUAAUAAGCACUGUUAACAUGUGGAACAAGCAUGCAGGUUUGAAAACCUAUUAACAGGAAGAAUGAAAGCCAUGCCUUGGCAAUGCUAGGAGGGCAAAUGGCUUCCUGGACUAUCAUGAGUGUUUGAAUAAACCUAGGACAUCUUCUGAGCUAUUUCAGCACUCUUCAGGUGGCACUAAGGACUCAGAAAUUCCUUCACUGUAUAUCAUGGGUUUGGCAUGAGCCAAAGCGAGGCACAACUACUGGCCUCACAUCCUGGUGGCAACUUACGUUUUUUGAGUGUAUGAGUAGCUAGCAUGAGGGGAGAAAGAAUGUUAAGACAGAGGGGGCGUGGGCUUAAUGGAGUUCUUGUGGCCUCAGUUCAGUACAGUUAGCUGAAGAAUGGAUAGAUUUUUGUUUGGAGUUGAUUAGAAAUGGAAAUGGAGACUAGAACUUACUUCAUUAAAUCCAUUUACCUUUUGUUUUCUUGAUAUUCACCUAAAGUAUAGUAUGCAGGAUGUUGAAUGUUAAAAGGUUGCAUUUUUUUAAUUAUUUUUAUAAUUGUAAAAAAUUAAGUCAAUGCCAAAUGUUUUAUAUGCUUUAUUAAUGUUUUUGAAAAGUUUUUCUUAUAGACGUGAUGCUUUUUUUUUUUUUUUAAGCUUCAGUUGCUUGUCUUUUGGUAUUUUGGGUAAUGGGCUUUUGGUGAGCCAGAGGCAAAUCCACAAGCCACUUAUGUUUGCCAGGACAUGCAAUAAAAUUAAAAAAUAAAUAAAAAUGCAUUGAGAA